AUGGUGCUCCACAAUUACGUUUACCGCCGAUGGUUUCGUCCAUACCAGAGCGAGAUCGAUCAUAUGCGAUUUAUUUGCAAGCCUAUAGAGCCACGCGACCUCCCCGAGGAAAGUGUGCCUUCUCGAUCUACUAUCACCACCCUUAUUUCUUUGAAUAAAGCCAUAUGCGAUAAAACAGAAAGGCGACGCCAUGUCUAUAGGCUAAUACGCCAUAGGGCGAGACGGGAUGGAGUCGACUAUAAGAAUCAUAUUCUGCAGCCACUGUUCCGCGCACUGCUCGUCAUCAUCUGUUCAAAGGGGUAUAAUAAAGAGGAUUCUAAGCAUAUAGGCCCACUUCCCGUCGUCUUGGUAUCUACGGGGAUAGAAGAUGGCCUCAGCGCACCUAUUAAAUUUGACUCUAUCAAGGACAAGAUUCUUGGCUAUGUGGAAGGGAUGAAUAGAAAGGCCGUGGAAACUACAUUGGAGGUAGCUGUUGAUUUUGUUAUGGGCCUAGAGGCUAGAGAAGUUGAAGUGUUUGGCCUCCAACCUGAUCCAGUAUUGGUAUGGCGGGCACACCCCAGUGUUAUCGAGAUGUGGGAGAAACUCGAAGGAGACCAACCAUUAUUUGGGCCUAGCUCUUGGUACAUGGAUGUAAAGAAGUGGACAUCGUGGCAAGGGACGGGAGAGCAGAAUGACAGGUGGAUCAUGGAUCAAUAUGAGAAAUGGGCGUUCAGGAAUCACGAUAGAUGGGAGGCAAGAAAGGCAGCUCGCUUGGAGGAAUCGAAAGGUUUAUAG